AUGGAUGAAGAUGAUGUGAGAUACUCUGCGGCAGGUUAUGGCUCCCUGCCCUCGCCGAGCCCAAUUCAGUCCCAGUUCGAUACCCUCUUUGCCGAGUUCGCUCGCUCUCGUCCCCGAGUCUCACCUCCGCGAUCGCCUUCCUCCCUGUCUUCCGCGCCAGUGUCGAGACCGCCGGAGAAGAAGACCAUAGACCUCCGGGCACUGGACUACGUUACGGACUACGACACGAACUUGAUGUGUCCGAUCUGCCAUGUCCCUUUUAUCGAGCCGGUUGUCCUCGAAUGCGAUCACACAUUCUGCGACUCUUGCCUAAAAGAAUAUCUCAACAUGUGCAAUGAUAUCCAGGUCAAGUGUCCCAACGAGGACUGUGAAGAGGUCAUCGCACGAGGUUAUGUCGAACGCCACGCAACGAAAGAGUGCCCGCACGAGCGACUUCCGUGCCCAGACCCAGACUGUGGGAAAUUGGUCAAGCGAAAGAACUAUGUGGAAGAACAGUGCAUCCACUCUUCACACAUCGAGUGUGACUGCGGCGCCGUCAUCGAGCUGGGCAAGGGUGAUUGGUUGAGACACAAGGAUGAAGAUUGUCCAAAUACCGGAGUCAAGUGCAAGCAAUGUGGCCAGAGAAUUUCAGCGAGAGACUAUUUGAAUGGCAUUACAGGCCAUGUUUGUGGGGCCGACGAAGACCAGCGCUGUCCCGGCCGAGGAUACGGCUGCACAGAAGAGUUCUACCCCGAUGAUCGGGACGAACACGUAAAAGCGUGUCCACUGGCACGCAUGGCUCCGUACCUCCAAAAACAGUCGCAGUUGCUCAAAUCUCUUCAAGAACAGCUUGCCAUGGUCAAGGUCCGAAACGAGGUGCUUGAGGCUGGGUUUGACAAAAUCAACGAUAUUGUCAACGACCGUGUCCUCCCUCAUAUUGGCCAUUCUGACCAGUCUCAGGCUGGUGAGGCCUCGGACGUUGAGGAAAUUGAACGAGACCACAUUCCGUCAGCCAUAUCUCACCGUGAUCUUCUCAUGCCAGCACAUCUUCGCGCCUUGACACCUUCGCCAGACCCUGAGGCGUCCUCGAUUUCCCAAACACAACAACACCUCCUUGCUUUACACGAGUCCUUGCGCGGGACCGUCUCGAAUCUCGAACAGGACAUUUCAGCCAUGUCCAAUGCACUUGCAGAUCUCGACGCCCGAUCGUCAAUGCAGAUAAUGAACGAAACAUUGAGGAUAAAGGAAGAGCUGGCUCAUACCAACGCUGCCUUAUUCAGUACCAGAUCACAAGUGCAAUGGCUGCUGAACCGCGAACGAGUAGGACAACAGCAACAACAGGCCGGGCUAACACGUGGUCGCGCACCGUCGGCCCAACCCCAUCCCGCAAACACAGCGUCAUCGGCGAGGAGUUCGGUAUCUGAAGGCACUGAUGGGUCAGGUCAGGGGUCGAAUCUGGACAGUCAGCCUUCUGGGAGUGCGAAUCUAGCAACAAGUCCUAGUUUCCGACCUCAGGUGCGAAGGCUCAGCGGCAGUCAAGAAAGAGUCAAAUUGUGA